UGAGAGCGCGAGGCGGACUUUAACUCUCAGUGUCAAGGGAAGCAGAGUCCCCUCGAGCGCGGAACGGCAACUCGGAUUCACUUUUCUAACUUUUCAUGGACUAAAGUUGAUGUUUUCCUCCUCUCCUGUCAAAUUUUGAAACCGUGGGUUUGUUUUCAAAGCGGUUGUGGAACCGAAACGAAACGGAGAACGAGCUGCCUGGAGGAGAAACGGACUGAAGUUCGGUCAAGUCACGAGUAACGUUGCUAAGCUAGCGAGUUAGCCGAGUGAGAAUGCUAACGCUAACGGAGCCUUGAAAUGUCACUUUUUUUCCCCCCACAGAACGCGCUGUUGUCACGAGCUUCAGAAAUUUCCAGAAAAAAUUAGAGUAACGUUAUUUAGUGUUAUUUUUGGUGAUAUUUUGUAAUAUUUUAGUUGUAUAGACCGACCAACUAACUGUCUAGAAAACUGAUAAAUGUUUGUUGAACAGGAAGUGAGGUCGGUAAAAUGGUUUAAAAAAAGGUCAAAAUUGUGAUAUUUUUACUUCAUUCUUUUUUUAACGACUUCCCUGAGAGCACUGGAUAUUCUUCUUCUUCUUGAUUGUACAAUGCGAACUCAGCCGAGGUGUAUGCAGAUGUAUAUGGAUUAUAUUUUGAUAUAGCUGCUUUAUAUUUCGUUCGAUAAUACUUUAAUUUAUAUCACCAACACGUAGCUAGACUGAGAGUAAAAGUCUUGCUUGCUCACUUUAAAAAAAAAAAAAAAGAAAAAGAUGCGCGAUUCGAAUGUGAAUUUUAACUUCCUCCAUAAGACCUGCACCCUUGUGGUGCUCCUUUGCUGCCUGCACAUCUUUGUCACUGUAGUUUAUUACGUCAGAUCCAUGGACUUCACGCAACAGUUUGUCCAAAGCCAGCAGCAAAGCCAGCAGGUCCAGAGGAAACUGGAAGAGCAUGCAGAAAGCACCGAGGACGGAAAGCCAAGCAGCACUUUAGUUUCCAACAGCACUGUUCACGAGAAGGAGCUGGAAAAAUGCCCUGAAACAUCUCCUUUGCUUGUGGGUCCGCUCCGAGUCGAGUUUUCCAGUCCAGUGAGCCUCGAUCAGGUGCGGAAUGAGAACCCAGCGCUGCAGGAAGGAGGACGCUUCAAACCCAAAGAUUGCAUAGCUCUGCAAAAAGUGGCCAUCAUCAUUCCCUUCCGAAAACGAGACGAGCAUCUCAAGUACUGGCUUUAUUACCUGCACCCGAUUCUGCAGCGGCAGCAGCUCGACUACGGCAUCUAUAUCAUCAACCAGGAUGGAGAAGAGACAUUUAACCGGGCCAAACUGCUCAAUGUGGGCUACACAGAGGCCUUGAAGGAGUACGACUACGAAUGCUUCGUGUUCAGCGACGUCGACCUCAUCCCCAUGGACGACCGAAACACAUACAAAUGCUUUAGCCAGCCAAGACACCUGUCUGUCUCCAUGGACAAAUUUGGCUUCAGGCUUCCAUAUAACCAGUACUUUGGUGGCGUGUCUUCCAUGAGCAAGGAGCAGUACCUGAAGAUCAACGGCUUUCCAAAUAACUACUGGGGCUGGGGAGGCGAGGAUGAUGACAUCUUCAACAGGUUGAGUUCCAAAGGGAUGGUCAUAUCCAGACCCAGUGGUGUAAUUGGAAAAUGCAGGAUGAUCCGUCACGAACGGGACCAAAAGAAUGACCCGAAUCCCCAGAGGUUUGACCGAAUCGCGCACACAAGAGAGACCAUGCACAGAGACGGCAUCAACUCGUUGUCCUAUCAAGUGGUGAGAGUCGAGAAGGACCAGCUGUUUACCAAAAUCACAGUGGACAUCGGCAAACCAUAAAACUGGCACCUUUUACCAGAAUGAACUCCGAAAAGACUUAAAGCUGUCUAUCAGGAAGACUGGAUGCAGUAACCAAAUGUGCCUUGACAUUUUAAGUUGACAUGUACAUCAGAGUUCUUUUUUUUUUUUAUAAUCUUUAUCUUUUCGAUGUGAAUUCUAUAUUUUUAAAAGACAUCAGUACUUGGAAAUUUAUUUGCCAUCUUUGCACAAGCGAAGGUGAACCAAAAGAAAGUGGACGUGUGAAUUGAAGUCAAAGUGGGGAUUUGCAGGUGUGUGCACGCGUGUGUGUUUCCCCUAUCUAAAGUGCUCUUACUGAGCUACUCGAGCAUCUUUUGAGCCACAGCUGAUGCAACUUGCCAAGCAAGGCAUUGUGUAAAGAAUGUAAGCUGCAGAGAGUGUGCUGUGUGUGUGUGUGUGUGUGUGUGUGUCUCCCCUCUUUUCCAGCUUUGCCUUAAGAUCACAUCUUUAGAUGUGGAAGAUUGAGAGGGGAGUUUGUGUCAGACUUGCUCUUCCAAGUCAUGCAAAGAGUUUAAGCCUUCUUGAAAAUCCUCAUUCCACAUUUGUGGCCAGAAACCAAAAAGACUUGACGUUUUGUUUUUCUGAAUGUAUCCUUGGUGCUUUACCCUUUGACUGUCAAGGAAUCUAACUCUCUGAGGUAGAGGUGGAUAAUUUAAGCAAAGAAAAUUGUCAUAUCCUCGUACUUUAUUUCAUCAUUAUGAAGUGUGAAAAGUUGAUCAACAGUUUGAACAUUUUUAAUUUCCGUAUUUGCAAAAAAGCCACUAAUGACAGAACAGGAGAAAUAUCACACAAUGAGAAACGCAUAAGCUACAGUUCAAGCAACAUCAGAGGUGCCAACAUGGAUGGUGAUAUAGGAGACGCGUGAAAAUUUUAUGCUUUCUCAGCAAUAGGUCAGGCAAUCAAUCCACCGAAGGGGAAAGGACGUGAGAUUGGAAAAAUCGUGCAUUUUAUUUUUUCUCGGAGUGGUUACUUUCACCUUGUGCAGCUUUUUUUUAAGGGGAAUUUGAGCUGUGAAGUUACAAGCCUCAGAAAGGAAGUGGGGAGUUCUGUGGAUUCUGUUGUGGCUAUAAAAAAAAAAGGAGGCGCUGCUUCUUAACAAAUCGCACCUUUUAUCCCUUUAGAUGAAUUGCAAAAUCCAUCUUGUGCUGGUUACAAUGGGAACGCCAUAUAAAUCCUGCAAAAAUCCAACCACUCAGUCUCAAGAUAUCAUGCGAGACAGAGUCACACAGACCCAUGCACACACCAUAUGCUCGGGGUUUUGUGGUAAAAUUAUUCUUUUUUUUCUUAAGGAUUUUCUUAUUACCGAUGCUGGCACCUCUUCAAUACCCGUAAUUUUACUUUAGUUCAACAGAUAAUGAUUUUCAUUGCAACAAUAAAUUUUCCACCUCUACUCUUCUUUCAAGUUGGGGUUAUCUCUGAAUAUAAGUUUGGGAUAUAGUUUCGGGGAAAACCUCUCUGAAUAUAGGAUAGCUGGCCAUAUGUCUGCAUUUUCUACAUUUUUUUUCCCCAAUGACUGAGAAAUCAUUAAUAUAUUAUGAUAAUGCUUUUUGUUGUUUUUGAGAAUUGCAACAUCACUGGUUUCAUGGAAAAACAUAUCUACUUCUGUUUUUUUCGCUCAAUUUGUGUUGUUGGUUUAAAACCUAAAAAGGUUUCAGUACCGUAUUUUCUUUCUGCCUCUGGACUUCUUUCAGGGGUUCAUCUUGUAUGCUGGAAUAUUCUGUGGACCAGUGGGUGAUAAGAAAGCAGACAUGCAUUUAUUUGUUGUGUUGUGAGAGGGAAACAAAGCCAUUAAAAUUUUCAGUAGCUGAAA